AUGUAGAAUGAAUGUUCAGAGUGGUUUAAGAUUUAAUUCAUAAUACUGUCUAACUUGCCAAUUCUAGGGAACAGCUGCCACCAAUAAUAUAUCAGCAACACCUACAUUUUUGUUUUUCCGAAACAAAGUAAGAAUUGAUCAGUAUCAAGGAGCAGAUGCUGUGGGAUUAGAAGAAAAAAUCAAGCAGCACUUAGAAAACGACCCUGGAUGCAAUGAGGACACAGAUAUUCCAAAAGGCUAUAUGGACUUAAUGCCUUUUAUUAACAAAGCUGGCUGUGAAUGUCUUAAUGAAAGUGAUGAGCAUGGAUUUGACAACUGUUUACGAAAAGACUUGACCUUCUUGGAAUCUGACUGUGAUGAACAGCUGCUUAUUACUGUGGCAUUCAAUCAACCUGUUAAGCUUUAUUCCAUGAAAUUUCAAGGGCCAGAUAAUGGUCAGGGUCCUAAAUAUGUAAAAAUAUUUAUCAACCUGCCUCGAUCUAUGGAUUUUGAAGAGGCAGAAAGAAGUGAACCAACUCAAGCUCUGGAACUGACAGAGGACGAUAUUAAAGAAGAUGGCAUUGUCCCACUUCGUUACGUUAAGUUUCAGAAUGUUAACAGUGUGACUAUAUUUGUUCAGUCCAAUCAAGGUGAAGAAGAAACAACAAGAAUUUCCUAUUUUACGUUUAUUGGGACUCCAGUCCAGGCAACAAAUAUGAAUGACUUCAAACGAGUAGUUGGCAAAAAAGGAGAAAGCCACUAAGGCGCAAAGACAGUGGACGACCACGUUGCAGUCAGACCUAUGGCUCCUGGAUAGUUGCUCGAUUCUCGCCAGAGACUGUCAGUGUUUCGUUCAUGGCCAUUACCAAUAAAUCAUUGCUUUUGUUCAGAUGGUAUCACUAGUGUUUCUAUUGUAAUCUUGAGACAUGCAGUUGUAAAUAAAAGUCACUACUUUUGCCAAGCUUAA